UUUUGAGGGUGACACACCCUUCUUUCCAUAUUUUCUCAUUUCUGUCCUGUGAACUUCCUCAUCAGAAAGAUUACAGGAACUCAGCCUCCUCCCAGCUACAUUUUGUUUGCCAGAGUGACAUUUUCUGAGCCAGUUAUGAAGUUUUAACUAUUGCAAAACUUCUGUGGUCUAACAUAACUUCAACUCCACAUAGGGUUUGUGAUGUCAUUACUAUGCCGGUUGUUUCGAAUAACUCUUUCCAUCCCCUCUAAUAAGUGCUAAAGCACUUAUUAUGCCUCAGCAGCUUUAAUUACGGUUGUUGCACAACUGAAAUCAGGAGGAGCUCCAAAAAGUAACUGACAAAUCAUACACAAAACUAAUGAGCAGGAAGCUUAAAGUCUGAAGGUCUUCAACAUAUGUGUGGUAUUACAUAAAGGAGGAUUGGCAGACCAAGAGAUACAAUAUUUAAGCAUAUACAUAAUGAGUCCAACAUGUGAGACAUAUAGUUAAUGACUAGGUGACUGCUUAGAACAAAGUAAUGAAUCAAUUAGCAUGUGAUAGGAAACCAUAAUGCGUAGCAGAACAUACAAAAGAAUGCAUUUGGGAGUGAUUAGAGGCAGAUGUAACUCAGAGCCCUUGGAUUCAGUAACCAUGCUCCUAUAUGUACAGCCAUGCAAUCUACAGGAUGUGCGACCUGCUCACUCUCAUAAUUAAUCUUGUCAAUUAAAAAAAAAAAAUCCCCACCUUCUUUCCAAAUGAAUCAGAUCCCAAAACUAAUGGAAGUGGCACAACACACAGCCAAAUGGGACGGCACAACUACCUCUUUCCAUGACACCUGUAGUUAGAUUACCUUAGUUAGGUUACCUUAAACCAGUCCUGUCCCUACCUGUUAUUUGAUCCCUAAAUUAAAGCCUCAAGCUCCCUUUGCCAUAGGUUUGUUUAUUUAUUCAGGCAGCUAGAUAAAAACCCCAACAUUUAAAUGAGCUCCAGAUCUGGACAAGAUGUGGGGUGGAGAGCUCCUGCAGUGGUGGAACGAGAUUUGGGCUCUGCCACUGGUGCUGGCAGCUGAGUCACUGGAAACAUGACCAUGCUACCCUACUGUAGAAACCUUUUUGGGUCAAACUGGGGCAGGGGAGGGGGAUCAGCGGCUCUCCUAGUUCCUGAGCAGAAGAUGAGAAAAUAGAAAUGGUGUUACCCAUCAACUCCUUGAAAUGAUGUGUCAUAACAGAGGAAAGAGAGGGGCAAAGGAACAAUUUUGAGUUUGAUCUAGGCAGCACCGAGAGUGAAAUAUUCAAAUCCAGGUAUGCAACAUGGAAAAUGCCACAGGUUUUCCUGUGAGGGAAAAGGCUCCAAACAAAACACAACACAAAUCCCAAACCAUAACCUUAAUGUUUCUGUGAUUUACAGCUGAGAGAAGCUGCUGUGCAAUGCUGAUGGCCUCUCCUCUGCACACUCCUCAUCUUUGCUUGUCUCAGGGGCCUACGAAGCCAGGCAAGGGCUUGUUUCUGCUCUUGCCUGAGACCAAACAGCCUUGGCGAGCCUGGGGUCAUUAGCAGGAGAGCUGGGGAAUUCAGGCUUUGUCCUAACUGGGGCCUUCCUGAAGGCAAAGGCUGAGGAAGGGCUCUCACUUGUGCUGCCAGUGCCAUGGAAGGCCCCAGAGCAAGAGGGCAUUUCUUGGCUUCCAAGAUCCCAUCUUCACAGUCUGGCCUUGCAGGUCAGUGAAAUCCACAUGGGUAUCCUGGAACAUUCCAGCACUGAUUUUCACUCCAAACCUUCACAUUUUCCACAAGGAGAGUUAUGAUUUUUCCUUCUGCUUGGAAGGGUAUGGAUUUCCUCAGCUGAUGUACUUGGCAGAAAGGUUCUCCUCACAUGGAAACAUUUCCUGGCAGCCUGAAACUUCUGACCACCGAGAACCCAUUUUUUCCCACUGGCAUUUGAUCAUGGGAACCACAGUGUAAAAGCAGCACCUCUCUCUCCUCUGGGAGGUGCUGUUUUCACAGCUCAGCCAUCUGCACCUGACAGAUGCAGAUGGUCCCUGAAGGGAGGUUGUAGCUAAGUGGGGUUUAUUAUAUUAUCCCAGGGAACAAACAAUAUGACCAGAGGAAAUUAUCUCAGGCUGCACCACAGGAGAUUUAGAUUAGAUCUCUAGGAAAUAUUCCUUCAACAAAAAGGAUAUCAAGCUUGGGAACAGGCUGCCUAGGGCAAUGGCUGAGUCACCAUCCUCAGAAAGAUUUAGAAGUCAUGCGCAUAUGGCAUUUGGGGAUCUGAUUAAUUGGUGGAGUAGGCAGUGUUAAGUUUGCAGUUGAACUGUGCGAUCUUCAGGGACAUUUUUAACCUCGAUGAUGCAGAGAUUUAAGGGUAGCUCAACCAGUGUGGAGUCAAGGCUUAGACUCAAUGAUCCCCAAGGGUGCCAACCAACAUAGAUAUCUAUGAGACUGCCAAUGGGGGCAGCUGGUAAGAAAGACAAAAGAAAGACCAAGGGAAUUUCUUUGAAGAAGGUUCACUCAAAAGCAGCCUUAACCAGGACACCAGGGCCAUUCUGGGUGGCUGAGCUGGGGUGGGAACAAAGAGUGGAGUUGGCUGGGUUGUGAUGUGCUGUGGCACCUGUGACAUCAUGGGGACGUGUCACAAUGGGGGCAGCUAGAAAAGGCCUCAGCAGGUAACACUGGCCCUGCAUUUCUUGGGCAAGUGGUGAGUGCACAUGUGGCAGGGAGGCCAUACUGGGGACAAGGGUCCGGGCAGUAAUGCUGCACCCGAGGUUGGGUUCUCGCUCUGCAUGCAGGGACAGCCCCUCAUGGCAGAGCCUUGGCCAUGGUACAAUACUGCUAUUGCUGCUGCUGGGGCAGUGGGACAGGCCUUCCUGCCCCCAGCUGUCUGGGGCCCUGUCCUUCCUGCCCUCAGAUCACUGGGAUUCCUGUCCCUGCUGCCCCCACUGCCAGCUGCCUCCCUCCCCACUCCCCUCAAGGCCUUCUUUCCAUCCUCCUGCAGACCAUGGAUUCCUGGGUAUUGUGGUUGUUGCUCUUGCUAAGUGUAGUCCAGUACCCGCAGCCCGUGGGUGAUGUUUUGGAUGAGGUGACGCAUCUGCAAAUGGAGCUGCCUGCAAAGUUCCAGGAACAGGAGAGGAUUCAGCAGAAGCAGGAGGUUCAGCAGCUUGUGCUGAUGCAGAGUGGCGCAUCCUGGAGAGACCUGCUCUGGUCUGCCUUGCAGAUGCAGGUCUGGGCAUUUGUUGGGCUCUUGGUUCUCUUGGCCGUAUGGUUUAUGUGGAGGAAAAGAAGUUGUGAGGCAGAGAUCAGUGGCAAGGAGGAGAAAGAAAAGGAGAAGGAGCAAGAGGAAGAGGACGAGACAUGGGCAUAUGAUCUGAGAUGGCUUCUAGAGGAGCGCAUACAGUGGCCUGUACAGGACCUGCAGACAGGCUGCAACAGGACAAUGGCCCUCAUAGACAAUUUCACAACUGUCCUCAGGCGUGCCUUGAGUGGGACUUUCUACCCGGUGCUGCAACAAGCCAUUGGUUUUGGCAGUGCCUUUGAAGGUUGGACUGCCCGUGAGGAGGAAGUUGUGUACCAGGUGCUUGUACCCCUGACUCCUCCCCUAGGCCACACCUUCCACCUGGAGCGUGACACUGACCAGCAGAAGCCUGGCAGGAACUUCCGUGUCCGUGUGGAGCUGGAGUGCAGGUGCCCGAGGGAGUACCAGGGUAUGAACAUGCUAUGCUUCCAGCACCACCCUGACGUGAUUAGGAGGAGGACUAGGCAGCCCAACCUCCUAGACACGCUGUGCACCGACUCCUACCUCGAUGUGAAGAAAACUGUCCACUGGUUCUGCACACUGGUGGGAGCAAGCUGGCAGCGUUUGCCCCAGUCACGCAGUUGGCAUUUAGGGCUGCUGCCCUCCAAACGCUCCUGCAACCUCAGGCUGACCAACGGCCAAGAAAGCUUCCAGGUUAAGGUGCUGUUCGGGGUGCAGCGACACACCUCAGACAUCUUUAUCAGCAGCCGGCAUCGAGGGGCCCACACCCCAAGCACAAUGUGGCCUGAGAGCUAUGCUGUGGCAGAGACAAAGUUCUUCAGGCACAUGGCCAGGCAGGCCCCCCAGGAUAGCUCGCACCUUAAAUGCCUGCAGCUCCUUGCCCGUGCUCUUACGCGCAAGGACUUUUCCAUCCAUUCCAUCAAGACCAUCGUCAUGCGCCUGCUGCACACGGUACCAGUGUCGCAGUGGCACAGGAGACACUUCCUGCUUCAGCUUUCAGAUACUCUGGAGCAGCUGCGCUUAUCUCUGGAAGAGAAACACCUGGAGCAUUUUAUUGUGGGCAACCAGAGGCUUCCAGAGGAGAUCAGGCUGCCCCCAGAUGUACAAAGGGCUAAGCCACCUAACCUCUUCUAUGGUCUGGCACAGGAUCCAGCUGCCCACUCCCAGGCAAUGCAAGCCUACCUUGAUCUGCGCCAUCACCUGGCAAGAGUGCUGGCCUAUGGCCACUGUUAGUGGGGCUCAUAGAGUCAUGGAAUCAGAGAAUUACAGAAUCACUAGGUUCGAAGAGACAUUUAAGAUCAUCAAAUCCAACCCACGCCCUAACACCACCUCAACUAUACCAUGACACUGAGUGCCAUAUCCAAUCUUUUUUUAAACACAUCCAGGGAUGGUGACUCCACCACCUCCCCCGGGCAGACGAUUCCAGUACUUUAUCAUUCUUUCAGUAAAAAUCUUUUUCCUAACAUCCAACCUAAAUUUCCCUUGGCAUAGGUUAAGACUGUGUCCUCUCAUUCUGCCAGUUGCUGCCUGGAGAGAGAGACCAACCCCCAUCUGACUACAACCACCUUUCACGUAGUUGUAGUGAGUGAUAAGGUUAUCUCUGAGUCUCCAUUUCUACAGGCUAAACAACUCCAGCUCCAUUCCUCAUAGGGCUUGUGUUCCCAGCCCUCCACCAGCCUUGUUGCUCUCCUUUGGAUGCAUGUGCUCGUGGGGCUUGCAGCUGGUGGCAGAGAACCAACUUUUAGUGCCAUGACAAAGACAGGAAUGAAUGGGAUACAUAGACAGAUAGACAUAUGUAUAUAUAACUAUAGUGUGUAUAUAUAACUACAAAUAUUUUUAUUAACAGAUGUAAUUUAAUAGAUACAUAUCAUAGUGAUAGUUUAUAAAUUGUCCUAUUAUUUUAUGAAAAUAAAUAGCACAUAUAAAAUGUCACUACCUGUUGUGAUAUGUAUUAAUACUCUGUAGUUAUUGCAUUUGUAAGA